GUGAUUAUUUGUCUGUUUUAAGUCUGUGUUAUCUAUGGUUAUAGCUACCUAAGAAUUUGUAAAUAAAAUUCAUUACAUAUUAAUUAAUCAAUAUUAAUUAUUAGCACGGCCUCUCUCUUUCGCAGUAGAGGGUACUAUAUUCUUUGAUUACGAGUUUUAAACGUCUAAUAAUUUGGAAUUUAAAUAAAAUACAAACGACGAAAGGUAAUGGCUGAUGAUAUUUUAUUCGAAUUAUUACAUUCUGAGAUUAUAAACUAUGCUUUGGAGCAAACGAAAGAAAACAAUGAUAAAAAGGAGAGUGAUUUAUCAGUAGUGGAGUAUAUUGGUUUCGCUGCAGGCUACAAAAUUAUGGAAAGACUGACUCGAGAAUGGCCACGAUUUAAAGACGAGUUAGACACAAUGAAGUUCAUAUGUACAGACUUCUGGAUGUGUAUAUAUAAAAAACAGAUUGAUAAUUUGCGUACAAAUCAUCAAGGUGUUUAUGUAUUGCAAGAUAAUGCAUUCCGAUUCCUUACAAAUUUCUCAAAUGGACACCAAUAUUUGGAAUAUGCUCCAAGAUAUGUAGCUUACACAUGUGGAUUGAUAAGAGGUGGCUUAGCAAAUCUUUGUAUCAACAGUGUAGUCACAGCUGAAGUUCAAUCCAUGCCAUCCUGUAAAUUUCAUAUACAUGUUCAAAGAACCUAGACUUAUAUUUAUAUUUUAAAAAUAUUUCUUGAAAAUAAAUUAUAAAAAUAUAUACCUCAA